AUGGAGAAUGGAUAUCACGGAUUCUCCCUCAGCUACAUCAAAGCACGCAAGCCUUGCAUUUUGCUAGGGAAGCUGCGAGGAUCCAAGUUCGAAGCAUGGGACGACGCGAUAAGAUCGCAGGCACCUGCUCUGUCGACGUCGAAUACCGUGAAAGCAAUGAUUCUGGAUACGGAAGGUUGGGUUGAUGCUUGCGACAUCGCAGCUGACAGAUUUGCUUCCCAGGUUGAGGUGGACGAGGAGGGGAGGCCAGAUGUGAUGACUGAACCUGUCACAUUGCUGAAGAACGAUUUUCCCCUGAGGCCGGACAUUAUGGGCAACCUGGUCCCAUGUAGCUACAACCUUUGGAUGGGAAACAAUGCAGACAAAUCUUCCUCUGGCCUGCAUCAUGGUUGCGUGCCUGAUGCAGAACUCCCUUCAGAUUACCAUGACAACUUGUACGUCCUGCUGAGAGGAAAGAAGAAAUUUUCCCUCUUCUCUCCGGAUGAAGCUGAUCGCAUGUACACUCAUGGGACGAUCGCCUGCAUUCACCCCAACGGGAGGAUUUGCUAUCAAGGGCAGAUUACAAGGGCCGACGGCUCGCCUCUCAACGCACCCAAGGUCGCAGAAGCCGAAGAGAUGCAGAGGAAGGCUGAGACUGAGAUGGAGGAGGCCGAGGCGGCUCUUGCUCGAGGCGAGAGCGGAGCGAAGAAGCGCCUGAAGCUUGCGAACAAGGAAGCACAUCCGCAUUGUUUCCGCUGCCGUCUGACUCUCCUUCAGGCCCUUGAUGCUGCACUGGACGCCAUGCUGACGGCGAAGGCCUCUGACCUGUCGGACGGGAGCGAGGACGAGGACGAGGACGAGGACGAGGAAGAAGAUGAGGAGGGAGGCCUGUUUGGUGAGGCCAAGUCCUCAGAUGAUGACGAUGAAGAGGAGGAGGAGGAAGGAGAGAAGGAGGAAGCUCCAGCUCCAGCUCUCGUCACAGUAAAGGGGAGCAAUGUUUCCAAAGGGAAGGCCAAGAAGGCGGAGCAAGAAAAGGAGCAAGAAAAAGAGGAGCAGCGGCAGGAGGAGGAGGAGGAGGAGGAGGAGGAGGAGGAGGAGGAGGAGGAGGAGGAGGAGGAGGAGGAGGGCGGCGCUUCGUCCAAGAGGGAGAAAGUUGACGUGGAGGAGCCGCUCAGUUUCUCUGCCGUCAACUCGAAGAUGAGCAAAGAGCAUGUGAAAGAGAAUUUUCCGCUUUUUCUCGAUGCUCAUCAUGAGAACUGCGAGCUCGACGCCUCGGACGGUUCGAUCAAGAUGCUCUUUCUACCCGCCGGUUGGUUCCAUGAAGUUUUCAGCUACGGCAUGGACAAGGGGCACGUUGCCUUCAACUUUUGGUUCCAUCCUCCCGAUGGAGAUUCCUACGAGAAUCCGUACACAUGCAAGUACUGGCAGUACGACUGGGAGCGGAGAUUUCCGGCACAGCAUUAA